CUCGACCUUCCUCGACCCGCAGCGCUGUUGUUUCGCAGUGAGCCCAGAGAUAUAAGAAAAGAGAUAAGGAAGAAGAAAGGAAGACGAAUAUGGUGAAAGAAUUAGCUCGACCGGCGUUAUUCUUCGCCCACAACGCAAGGCUGCAGCAGGCGCUGCUGUUUGGCAAGACUUGCUCGCGCAGCGAUAUCAGCGCGACCGCCGGACGGCCGUUCACUGCCUUGUCUGCCACCCGUGCGCGUGAGUUUAACGAGACACUGGCGCUGGCGGCAAAGUCUGCUGGUGGUAGCUCUGGUCUUGGAAGUUUUGGUUUAUUGGCAGCCGGGGGUGCGGGCGCGGGAAAAAUGAUGUACAACAAAUCGCGGCAGUUCUCGUCGCUGGCUACUCGCAGCAGUAGUAGCAGUGGAAGUUUUGCUCGGCGAAUGUUUUCGACUUCGCGUCAGCUACUCAACAGCAUUGCUAGUCCCGCCACAGCUGCUCCUGUUACCGAUACCACAGCUGCGCCGCGAGUCAAGAAAGUGUUGACUGACCGCAGCGUCGGCGUCUGGCUGAUCGGCACCUCAUUCCUCGUCUUUGGCAUCGUCGUCAUCGGCGGCCUGACGCGACUCACCGAGUCCGGCCUGUCGAUAACAGAGUGGAAGCCCGUCACCGGCUCGAUCCCGCCCUUGACGCAGCAGGACUGGGAGGCCGAAUUCGAAAAGUACCGCGCGUCGCCCGAGUUCAAGCUGUUGAACUCAAACAUGACGCUUGAUGAGUUCAAGUUUAUAUUCUUCAUGGAAUGGUCCCAUCGCCUGUGGGGCCGCAUGAUCGGUCUUGUGUUUGUGCUCCCGGGCGCGUACUUCAUCGCCCGCGGCCGCGUCUCGGCGCGCGUCACGAAGCGGAUCGCGGCUAUCGCGGGCUUGAUUGGAUUCCAGGGCUUCAUCGGCUGGUGGAUGGUCAAAUCCGGCUUGUCGGACCAUUUCCUCGCCGACGACGGCAUCGACGGCAAGUACAAGGACAGCCACCCGCGCGUGUCGCAGUACAGACUGGCGACCCACCUCGGGCUCGCGUUCGUGGUCUAUCUGUCGAUGCUCUGGACCGGGCUCGAGGUCUUGAAGGAGAAUAAGUGGAUGAAGAGUCCGCAGGAAGCGGUUGCGCUGGCUUCGAAAUUGAGUAAUCCUGCGCUGAGAAAGUAUAAGCUUCUUGCUGCCGGACUUCUUGCUCUCGUGUUUACAACCGCCAUGUCUGGCGCCUUCGUGGCCGGACUCGACGCUGGACUGAUCUACAACGACUUCCCGUUCAUGGGCGAAGGCCUUAUCCCCCCCACAUCCGAAAUCUUCUCGACCUACUACUCCCGCUCGCGCGACGACUCCGACCUCAUCUGGCGCAAUAUGCUCGAGAACCCUGCGACCGUGCAACUCGAGCACCGCAUCCUCGCCACCACCUCCUUCUGCUCCAUCGUCGCUUUCCACAUCUACUCCACCCUCCUCAACAAGCGCGGUCUGCUCCCGCGCUCCGUCUUCAAGGCCUCGCAUGGCGUCAUCGGAUUCGUCACCUUGCAGGUCGCGCUUGGUAUCUCCACACUCUGGUACCUCGUCCCGAUCCCGCUCGCGGCCGCGCACCAGGCUACCAGUCUCGCGUUGCUGACGGAGGUGCUUAUUCUCUGCAUCAGGCUACGUAAGCCCAGAGCAGAGGUGCUGCAGCUCUUGCAGAAGAGGAACGCGGCUGCUGCUGCUGCUACGCCUGUGAAGCCUCAGGUGCUCAUGCCGUGAUCAGCUGUAAGAGAAGUGCUGCGGAUGUAUAUAUGGAUGGUGUGGUGUGUGAAGCAUGAAACCCCAAUCUGCUUGAUACUAUGUACAUAAUGAAUUCUAAUUCAAGUCAAGUUUCCGAAUAAACG